GACCUGAGUGUCUGAUCCCAGAUUACCCCAACCCCUCCUAUUCCCCCAGUCAUUACCCAAACACCAGCAGCAUCUACGCUCAGCCAGGACGGUCUGAUACAGACACCAAGUGAUCAAGAAAACAAGGAGAAAAGGGGGACAAAAAAAAGAGGAGCUGGGUCCAAAAUCAGGAAUUGCAGCGGAUUUGUCUCUGCCCAUAAUGACUGUUUACAGUACUGGGAUUCCCAAGUAAUCUGCGUGUCAGAGGCUUGGGGAAGUGUAUUCUACCAGGAGUCCAGCUGUUUCUCAGAUGCAAUGCAGUCCUUCCGGGAGCAAAGCAAUUAUCAUGGCAGUCAGCAGACAUAUCCCCCUGAAGCUCACGGAUCAUCGAGAUUGGAAGAAUAUAGCCCACGACAGCAAGCUCAGAUUUUCCAGAGUAGCUUUGGAGGACGACGAGGAGGAGCAGGGACUCCUGUGGCAAUCCCACCUGGGGAGAAUGCCAACCUGCAGAAUUAUCAGGCAUAUCGCAAAGAAUCAGGUGACUUCUAUUACCUAAGUAGCAAAGAAGGAGCCCCUUCUGGGAGCCAGACACCACAGCGUCGGCCAGCUGGACCUGUCCAGAGUUAUGGUCCUCCACAAGGAAACAGUAGCGGCAGCAGUAGUAGCAGCACCACAGGGUUUGGAACCCACUAUGGUAGAGAAGUACAUCACAGCCAGUUUGCAGGCCAACAUCCAGCAUCAGGGACCCUGUCCCAGUAUUCACAAGAAUUUACAGGAUCUUUUUCUCCUUCUGGAGGCCAAUACCCAACACAUGUUUCCAGUCAACAGCUAAGACAUCAGAUUUAUCAGUCACAUCAACCUCUUUCACAAACUGGCAAUCCACCGGCAACUGCAGGCACUCCACAUCUGCAGCAGGUGCAACGCUCUGCAAAUAUCAGCUCUCCCACUGGAUAUCAGUUACGUAUGGGACAGUUUGGACAACACUACCAAACCUCUUCAAGUUCAUCUUCCAGCUCCUUCCCUAAUGCUCAAAGAUUUGGACAGUCUGGGGCAGGAUAUGAGGGUUAUAGUCCUGGAGGCACCAAUUCUCCAUAUGAGAGCCACAUUCCUGGGUCACAAUAUAGUACACAACAAGCGUAUAGCAGUUAUACCAGUCAACACUUAAAAGGUUUUGAGGCUUCUAAAGUGCCUCAGAGUGUAGGAGGACAACAGCAACAACCACCUCAUAUCAUGCAGUACUCAAACACCUCCAAAAUACCUUUACAAAGCCAAGGUGGCCAAUACACCCAGUCAGAGGUUCCUGUGCGAUCUCCUAUGCAGUUUCAGCAAAAUUUUAGUCCCAUUUCUAACCCAUCUCCAGCAGCUUCAGUAGUGCAAUCACCUAGCUGCAGUUCCACACCAUCACCUUUGAUGACCAGUGGGGAUAAUAUCCAGUGUAGUCAAGGCAGUGUUCCACUUUCAUCCAGAAACCGUAUAUUGCAAAUGAUGCCACAGCUGAGUCCUAAUCCCAAUGCAGGUGGAUUCAAAAGCUUUGGAGUAGAAGGAACCUCUGAUAAACGAUUGUCAGAUCCGGGUUUGAGCAGUCUUAGUGCUCUAAGUAGCCAAGUAGCCAAUUUGCCCAAUACAGUUCAGCACAUGCUUCUUUCUGAUGCCUUGGUACCUCACAAGAAGAGCAGCAAGCGAACAUCAAGGAAAACAGACAGCUGUGCCAACUCAGAAACUUCUUCCCAAGCUGAGGAGCAUCUAAAAUCUCCUUUGGCAGAGUCCUUGGAUGGCAGCUGCUCUAGUAGUUCUGGAGAUCCAGGUGAAAGAGUGAGGCAACUCAGCGGUCAAAGUACUAGCUCAGAAACUGGAUAUAAAGCACCAUCUGCAGAAAAACUACCUUCACCUGUUCAAGUGUGGCAAAAUGAGCCUCCAGCUAAAACACCAGUUCAAGAAAUGGAAAAUGAUCCUGAAACUACAGAGGAAUUUACAGACGUUUCUAAGCCUAACGAAAAGACUGUGGGUGUUAUAGUUUCUAUGGAAACAGUGGCAAAUAGAUCUGAAAAGACAGUUGAUGAUAUUCCAACUCCUCCAAAUGAUGAUGUUGAAACUGUAUCAGAGAAUGAGGUUCCUGAAAUAAGUAAAGAUGAAAAUGUUAGUGAUUGUACUACAAGCCAAAAUGGAGACCAGAACGUUGCUGAUUCUAAUGCACUAUCUAAUACACCAGCUGUUGGUCCACAAACAGAAGAUUCUAAAUCUCCUAUAGGGUCUGGAUACAACGUAAAGGAAGGAUCCACGGGAUCUCGAAAUGCUAGCAACUUGCCACAAAAUCUCAAAAACAUAGAUUCUGUAAGCUUUAGUGGGCAGUGUGAUCGUAAACCAGGUACAGGCAGAAGUGAAAAGUUCCCCAGUCUUUUGCAGGAGGUCUUACAAGGACACCAUCAGCAGGAGAGAAGAUAUGCAAGAAGUACACAAGAGCCUCCAGCAGUAACUACAAAUGCAGAAGUGUCCUUAAGGCCAAAUAUACUCAUGAGUCAAACAAAUGAGUUACCAAACCGCAGUAUCCUUGGCAAGACACUAGCUCCCCAGUUAGAAACUCCGCAUUGGGGCCCAUGGGAUAGAAAGUCAGCACCUGAUGUUAAACAGAUUAACCUGGCUGAUUAUCCUGUAACCAGAAAAUUUGAUGUGGAGCCAUCGGGAUCCUGUCAUGAAUCAGUGCCCUCUGAAAGAAGGUCUGUCAUCUGUGAUAUCUCACCACUGAGGCAACUAGUGAGAGACUCCACUACAGCUCACCAUGUUGGCACUGGUCAAGAGAGACCAGACGGUAGACCUGGGCAGUCUGUAAUUUUACCAAGUGGAAUAAUUUCUUUGGAUGCUAAAUCAAGCACCCAAGUUGGAACACCUAAAAUGGAAGAUCUUGAUACAUCAAAAAUGCACAGAAAACGAACUGGAGAUCACUGCCUGCCAUACAGCGCCAAAGAUUCUGCUAGGAGCAAAGAAUCUGCCAGUCCAAGAUCCAUGACCUAUGAUCCCAAUCAGGAAUAUAGCUCACAGAGCCGGGCCACGCACUCAAGAAGGGGAACUGGGAGAGUAGGGUCCCGAGGGAGGUCACCUGCACACUCUCAGGACCUGGGUGACAAACUUAAAUUGUCUCCAGGAAGAAGUAGAGGUCCAGCAGAUGUUCAUCAUGUAAAUCCAACAAUGAGUUUUUCAGAGAGAGCAAGCAGAGAAGCCUUCUACUCUGCUUUCUUCCAGAAUACAGAUAGCACUUCUAUUGGUUAUCAUACAAACUCCAGAUCAAGCGCUUAUGGGGAGCCUCACCCAGCCUUCACUUCUCCCCUGCACUACAAGAGACAAAUGUAUCCACAGGAGGAAUAUAAGGAGUGGCUUGGAAAUUCUGCACAAGCUAUCCUCUCUGCUUCUCAACAUCGUCAGGAAAUGCAGCGUAAAAGCCCUAGACAAGAGCCAUUUCAUGUACGUAGUCCUGGUAGGAGUGAGAAUGAAGGGAUAAAUUACAACCAGACUGGUUCAUAUCAUGAUCACAGUAACGUGGACUUUAAUCGUUCACUUCGUAUGGGUGAAGGAGGAACCAACAGUAUGGCAACAUUAGAUCUAAAGCGCAAUAGUCAAAAGGCUCCACAAGUUGAGAAUUCUAACUGGAACCUGACUCGACAAGCGUCACCAGUCAAGAAAAUUGGAUCACCUACAGGAGCAAGUCAAAAGCCUUUUAGUCCUAUUAGGGAAACUGAUUCUCACGGAUCCAGACCAGGAGAUUCUGCUGAUACAUCCAAAACUGGAUGUAAUACUCAUCGACCAUUAGGACCUGAUGAACAAUCACACCAAAAUCCUCUAAUUAUGAGGAGAAGAGUGCGUUCUUUUAUCUCCCCAAUUCCCAGCAAAAGGCAGUUGGCUGAUGAUAAAGGUCGUCCUCCUUCAUGUCCUUCAAAAGAAGCAUGUGACAAAACUGCUAUCACUCAUGUGUUCUCUUCAAGGGUGAAAGAGAGUGAGUUUUCUCCUGUGACUGAAGAGCUAGCCAAAAGCAGCACUGAAGAGAGGAGUCCACCAGCUGUGUCACUUUCAAGCCCAACAAAGAUCAAAAUCCUUCCUCCACGAAAAGGAAGAGGACUAAAAUUGGAAGCCAUAGUACAGAAGAUCACUUCACCGAAUGUUCGAAGGACUUCUGCUCCAAGUAGUGCAGAUUGUGCGGUUGAAUCUGUAACACUUGAUGAUAUUCUUUCACUUAAGAGCAAAUUUCCAGAAGGUGGAAGUGGAUCACUUCAGGAACCAAAUGAACGUUUAGAUGAAGUGAUUCUCGGUGUUCCCUGUACUGAAGACACAAAAGUCAAGUGUCUCUCUCCCAAGUCCAUUGAGGCUUGGAUUAUCCAGGAUGACAAAAAGAUUAAAAAAGAAACUGAUGACCAGCUCAUGGAAACCAAAGACUUUAUACAGUCUGGAGCACCAAUACCACAAGAUACAAACCAUUAUAUUGAGGAUAUAGGUUCAUCUCAACCUUUAGAACAGAAAUGUUCUCUGCCCUUAAUACAGCAGCAUGUCGUUCCAGAUCAGGAAAAUAUGGCUUCUAUGCCUUGUCCUGUAACCCCAAAACAAGAACUUACACCACCGAAAGGCUACUUCCCAUCUGGAAAAAAGAAAGGACGUCCCAUUGGUAGUGUUAAUAAGCAAAAAAAGCAGCAACAGCAACAGCAGCAGCAACAGCAACAACAACCAUUAUUACAAGAACUAGUCCCAGCAGCCCCUGCCACAUUGUCUUUGCCUUUGAGUUCUCCCUUGCAACCGCAGACUAUAUUGGAGCAGGGUGCAGAGGCAGAACCCAAACCGAAAAGGAGGAGAAGAGAAGGAAGGAAGCCUGCUGGCACACCAAGGAGAAGAAGGGGAAAGCAAUCAGCACCCAUAGUUGCUCCCAUAGAACCUGAGAUUAAGCUGAAAUAUGCCAGUCAAACAGUAGACAAAAGUGAAACUAAAGCAAAAUCAUUUUUCCCUUACAUUCAUGUGGAAAAUAAAGAAGAGCUAGGCUUGGCAUGUGUAAUUAUUAAUGCAGAAGAGGAGGAGCAGCGUUGGAAAAAACUGACCUCUACACGCAAGGGUCAAAGGGCAACAUCGCCACAACCCAGCAGUGAAAGCAAAGCACUCCCUGCCUCAAGUUUCAUGGUUCAAGGGCCAGCAGUUACAGAGUCUACAUCUAUGGGUCCUCUUGUUUGCUGCUUUUGUGGGAAGUGGGCUAACUACAGGAACCUUGGAGACUUGUUUGGUCCUUUCUAUACUCAAGAAUUUGCUUCAACCCUAUCAAAAAAUCCACCACCCAAAAAAACAUCAGAAAUUCCCAGCACAGUCAAGGUUCGGCACAAAGACACAUCAGAUGGUUCCAAGACGGAUUCUGAGGAAGAAGAGGAAGAGGAACCGCAACAGGCACGUGAACAACGAAGCUUAUCUGCUCACCCUCGCUAUAAAAGACGGAAUCGUUCAGGAGAUUGUGCUUCCUCCAGACUUUCACUACCUUCUUGUCGUAAGAUUUCUGACCCUUGUGAACUGACCUCUGUUGACUCUAGUGUUGCAGCCCCCACAGCAGAUGGACUCCCUGAGCAAGGGUUUCAGGUUCCCCAACUACCUCUCGACAGCAAUGAAUUCUGGAUGCACGAGGGGUGUGUCCUAUGGGCCAGUGGUGUCUACUUCGUUUGUGGCCGGUUAUACGGUUUACAGGAAGCUAUUGACAUUGCUAGAGAUAUGAAAUGUAGUCACUGCCAGGAGACUGGUGCCACCCUGGGCUGCUACAACAAGGGUUGUGCUUGCUGCUAUCAUUUUCCAUGUGCCAUGGAUUCAGAAUGUUUACUGAAUGAGGAGAACUUCUCUGUACGCUGUCCCAAGCACAAGACCAAGACAAUUAAGGGUGUGUCAGCAGAACAGCCUGAGCAGGGCUGAGGGCAUAGAUAUGUCCCACUGUUGAAAAUAAAAUUCAAGCACAGAUGAAGCUUUUAAGGUAAAGGGGAUCAUCACAAAGUAGUUCGGAGAAAACCUCUGCUCCAUUCUCUGUCUGAACAAUGACUUCUCUUGGGAUUCAUGUUAUUUAGAUUGAGUAUUUCUUUGAUGGACUUCACUCACUUCAGAUCAGUGAUCUUAGAGGACGAUGCCCUCAGUCUACAAAACAUCUACAUCCCCGAAUAAAAGAGAAAAUGUUUAAGAAAAUGGGGGAAGUAUUAAAAAUAAAUACAAAAAUAUAUAAAUAUAUAUAAAUAUAUUUUUAGUCUGAAGAGACAUUGAAAGGAAAGGCGCAAAAUCUCUUUUUAUGGUUGAGCUGAAAUCUCAUUAAAAAUUAAAUAAAACAAAACAACAUGUUAAAGAAGGAAAAAAAGACUUGAGAUGAUUUUAGAAGAUUAUUUUGUUCACUCUUGACCAUUGCUCAAUGUACUGUGGGACUUGUGGAACUGAAUGCGGAAAAGAAGCCUUUAUACACAGCCUGUGUAUAUCCUCUAGUGUUCUAUCGUGUGACAAAACUUCUGACCUGCAUAAGUUGCAAAAUUUAACUGCAUUUCAUGUAAACUCUUAUUACAUAAAACAAUCUGGUUGGAGCCUCAUAUGCAAAUCUAUGAAGUGCAGUUGGACACAAGUAUUGUUUCUUUUUUGCUUCACAGCUGUACAUUGAUAUUUUUUUUUCUACAAUGGGAAAUGACUGAAUCAAGACUGUUUUAAUAGCUGAAAUGUAUUGUAAAGACGUUGGUCAAAAGAGGACAUUUCUUCGUUUUUUUUUUUCUUCUAUUUUUUUGUUUUUAAAGUUAAAUAAACCUUUUAAUGGCUAUAUAUUUUAUUUUAAUAUUUCUUGUACCUUAGUCCACACGAACAAAUAAUUGAGCGAGGGGCAGUGAGGGUGCCUUUCCUUGCGCAUUUCACUUCAACCAUAAAAAAAUUAAAGUUUGGUGGUUCACAAGG